GUUCUGGAGGAGGCGCCCCAUGUUCAGACGCUCACAUCUCAAAAUCCUCCUGAUUGGGAAUUCAGGGAGGCAUUUUGCGUGGCAGAGCAUUUUGACCUAAGAUUGGCUUUUGUCACAAGUUGGCGAACCGUUGUAUUGAUCCUGAUUUCUGAGUUUCAUCAGGAAUUCCUUGUAGCUUUCCAUGGUUUCCUUCACUAUGAUAAAAAGCACACUUGUUGUGAAGUAUUUUCUAAAACCCAGCCUUCAUAAAAAUGAGCAUAAUCUGGCACCGUUUUCCUACAGGAGCCGACCAGAGUCCUUUGGGAUACAGUGAGUGCAAUAGCCCUCCUCGGUUGUUAUUCUCCAUCCACUGGUAUUUAGAUGGGCACUGAAUGACAUUAUUUUCUGUGGUUCUUCUAUGAGUAAUUAUAGGGCUGGCAAAUCUGCCCUGAUGAACCAGUAUGUGAACAACCGCUUCAGCAGCCGCUAUCGAGCCACCAUUGGGUCUGACUUCCUCAGCAAACAAGUUCACAUCGAUGGGCGUAUGCUGACAGUACAGAUCUGGGACACAGCCGGCACAGAACGGUUCCAAGCCCUGGGGACUGCCCUGUACCGGGGGUCAGACUGCUGUCUCCUCGUCUUUGAUGUCACAUCUGCCAGCUCUUUCCAGGCCCUGGACAAGUGGCACAAGCAGCUUUUGUUGCAGAUUGAGGAACAGUCCGCUUUCCCCAUCGCUGUCAUCGGGAACAAGACUGACCUUGAGAAUCGAGAGGUCUCGUUAGAGGAAGCAGAAUUGUGGAGCAGACUUCACCAUGCCACGUACUUCGAAACCAGUGCCAAGGCUGCAACCAAUGUACAAGAAGUGUUUCAGUGGGCGGUACGAGCAGCCCUAAAAAAUCGCAGGAUAUCUGAACUGCCAGAACCAGACUCUGUCCGUUUGGAGACUAGGCCAGAAGGGGCCCACCGAGAUAAAUGUGGCUGCUGAUGAGCCCCAGUGCUGCUGGGCAGAAUCUUCCUCAGUCCUACUUAUGAAAAGGGGGCUGCUUUGUGCAAUGACCAAGGAGUGGAUAUGGGGACACCCCACGCAACAGUUGCAGGGACAUUUGUCAGGUUACAGCAUGUAGCUGGAUCCCAGUACAGUUGUCUCUCUGGCAUCAGUUGCUUCCAAACCAGAGGGAACUGGCCAUGUUCUAGGGGCUCUCCCUGAUGCAUGUGGAAAUAAAUCUGUUUCAUUCCUGGA